AUGGCUGCGAUUCGAGUCGGAGAUGUGGAAAAGAACAAACCACGGAAUGGCUACGAUACUUAUAGUUAUGAGCAAACGAUACCAAUCCCCAGUUAUCUGAUCUCAUUUAUUGUUGGAGUCUUCGAAAGUCAGGAUAUAAGUGAUCGUAUUCGAGUAUGGGCAGAGCCAUCAAUGCUGGCAAAAGCAGCAUAUGAAUUCGCAAAUGUAAGUUCACCAAUUCCAGAUUGUUCGAUCGAACUUUUCACAGAGUUUUUCAUUGGAAUUUUACAGCGAAGCCAAAUUCACUCCUAA